CCCCACCACGCACCUACGUCGCUGUCCCAAGGAUUCUUUCUCGUCGCCAACGUCACGGACCCAAGCAAAGACCUUGUGCCGUCCAUCAACGGCUGGGUGGUGCAAGCGGCGCACACGGGGCCGGCGCUCGACGUAGCUGUUCUGCAGUCGCCAACGUCGUCUGUCCCAGGACGCAUCUUCUACGAGAACGGCACGGCCGAGCAGGUGCGCUUCGGCCGGAGCAGCGUCCUGACCGACACUGCGACGCCGCUCACUCCGUACGGCAUUAUCGUGCAGAACUCGACACGGUUCGACGCCACGUACCCGACGGAGCACGACGUUUUCAUCAACGGCGGCACUGGCACGCCGAGCAGCAUCACAAACUUUCCCAACAGCCCCUACGCGGUCCUGCAGAACAACCUGGGCCCCGGCACGUUUGUGGCCUGCAACAACACCGUGCCCUACUACGGCCGCAAGUUCAUCACCAUCGAAUAUGCAUAUGCCACCUUUGUGGGCCCCGACGGCGGCUUCCUCUACGAUGCCGACAUCCCGGACGGAUGUGCGCCCAUCUCGCUGGUGCCGCAGUGCACAACCCUCAACUCGCUGCCGCCCGGCGCUUUUGCCAGCCACGAGUUUGCCGCCACCGUCCGCUGUUACGACAAUGUUGCCGCGAUUAAGUGGAGCUAG